AUGUUCCGACCUAUUACCUCAGCCGCUGCCAGCGUGUUCCUGGAGCGACAGGCCAAGGAGAUUGGCCUCCAGUUUCGCCAGUGGACAGGCGUUCCUGGAAAGCCUGUGACGAUCAUGACGCUGCCAGGCGAGGACCCGAGCCUUCCCUCACUGUGCCUCAACUCACACGUUGACGUCGUGCCCGUGGAUGAGGAUCACUGGGACUAUCCUCCUUUCUCAGCCACCAAGGUUGACGGCAAGAUCUAUGCUCGCGGUACCCAGGACAUGAAGUGCGUCGGCAUGCAGUACCUUGAGGCGCUGCGCGUGCUGAAGGAGCGUGGGAUCAAGCUCAAGCGGACCAUCCAUCUCACGUUCGUGCCCGAUGAAGAGAUUGGAGGUCAUGAUGGCAUGGAGAUCUUUGUCAAGGACCCACUCUUCAAGGAACUCAACAUUGGGUGUGCACUUGACGAAGGCCUCGCCAGCGAGAGCGAUAAGUUCACCGUGUUCUACGGCGAGCGCGUUGCCUGGUGGGUCACCAUUCAGAGCGAAGGGCCGCCUGGCCACGGCAGCCGCUUUGUCAAGGACACCGCAACCAUCAAGCUGAACAAAGUGAUCAACCGCUUUCUCGAAUUCCGCCGCCAGCAGGAGGCCAUUCUCGAGGGUGAUCCCACGAAGAAGCUGGGCGACGUGACCACAGUCAACCUCACCAUUCUCCGCGGAGGCGUCCAGUGCAACGUCAUCCCUUCCGAGGCCGAGUGCUCGUUUGACAUUCGCCUGCCGCCAACGGUCAACUUGGAGGAGUUCCAGAAGCAAAUUGACGAGUGGACCAAGGAGGAGGUGAGCACAGCCGCGGCUUGGAUGAUUUGGGAUGUGCGAGUAAAGUUGAACUCACGUUCACCAUGCCAUUCUCUGCCUGCCACCCUGGUUGCAUCUCGUUAUUGUCACGUGGCAAACUCUAUGUUCUUUGCGACGCCCCGCUACAUCCGGGCGACGGGCGUCCCUGCCAUUGGAUUCUCGCCAAUGAACAACACACCCGUGCUGCUGCACGACCACAACGAGUUCCUGCAUGAGGACAUCUAUCUCCGUGGCAUCGACAUCUACUGCGAGAUUCUUCCUGCGCUCGCAAACGACACCGUCGCCAAGUGA